AUGGAGGAGAAUUCAGUGUUCCAUGGUUUUAAAAACAUUUAUGUUACAAUUUUUGCUAUCUUUUUUUUCUUUAAGCUCUUAAUCAAAGUUUUUUUGGCUCUCUUAACCCAUUUCUAUAUCGUCAAAGGAAACAGAAAAGAGGCUGCUAGGAUUUCAGAAGAGAUCUAUGGAGGAGUCUCAGAUUGCUGGGCUGAUCGGUCCCCACUUCAUGAAGCUGCAUCUCAAGGGCGUCUCCUUGCUCUCAAAACUUUAAUUGCACAAGGAAUCAAUGUGAACCUCGUGACAAUAAACCGCGUCUCUUCUCUACAUGAAGCCUGUCUUGGGGGCCACGUUGCAUGUGCAAAAGUCUUAUUGGAGCAUGGCGCCCAUGUGAAUGGAACCACUGUGCAUGGAGUGACACCUCUCUUUAAUGCUUGCUGUAGUGGCAGCCCUGCUUGUGUCAACCUGCUCCUUGAAUUUGGAGCCAAGCCACAGCUGGACGAUCACCUGGCUUCACCCAUCCAUGAGGCUGUAAAGAGAGGUCACAGGGAAUGUAUGGAAAUCCUGCUGGCAAAUAAUGUUAAUAUUGAUCAAGAAGCUCCCCAGCAUGGAACUCCACUCUAUGUGGCCUGCAACUAUCAGAGGAUGGACUGUGUCAAGAAGCUCCUUGAGCUAGGAGCCAGUGUUGACCAAGGCAAAUGGUUGGAUACCCCACUGCAUGCAGCAGCCAGGCAAUCCAAUGCAGAAGUCAUUGAUCUAUUAGCAGACUAUGGUGCUAGUCUGAGACGCUUAAACCAUCAAGGCAAGUGUGCUCUUGAUCUGGCAGCUCCCCAGAGCAGUGUGGAACAGGCACUCUUACUUCGAGAAGGUCCUUCUUCACUUGCCCAGCUCUGCCGUCUUUGUAUUCGAAAGUGUUUGGGUCGAUCAUGUCAUUAUGCUAUCUAUCAACUGUGUCUUCCAGAGCCACUUGAAAAAUUUCUCUUAUAUCAAUAGAUAAAAAUCUUUAAACCAGAAAGCUACCUGAAAAGAAAUAUGAUUAGAUGAAAAGCUUUCUAAAACAUUGUUUCUGUCCUCAUUUCAUAGAGUUUAAAGAGUAUAAUAGAAGAUUUAUUUGAUGAUUAAAGUUCUUGCAGUAAAUUGGGGUCAUUAUUGGCAACAUUUGUGAUAAUUAUAUUAACUGUAGGUAGAAGAGAUUAGGAUGAAUGAAUGUUGUCUUUAGUAAAUACUUUGGAAGUUUCUUUUUUUUUAAAAUAAAUCUCUGAUUAUCA